GACACGUCAGGACGAUGACAUGGACUCCCUGCCCCGCCCCCCUCUCCCCUGGCCCACCCGCCUCAAAAUCAUCAGAGGCGUCGCCGCCGGCCUCGCGUUCAUGCACCACCGAUUGGAAGCUCCGAUCAUCCUCCGCAACAUCAAAGCCACCAAUAUAUUACUCGACGGCGAAUUCGGGGUCCACAUCGCGGAUUUCGGGCUGGCGCGGUGGGUGGAGAAGGCGCACUCGCACGUGUCGACGCAGGGGGCGGGGACGGUGGGGUACAUGCCGCCGGAGUAUCUGGACGGGGCGACGGCGGCGACGCCGACGACGGCGGAGGACGUGUACAGCUUCGGGGUGCUGAUGAUGGAGGUGCUGACGGGGCGGAGGCCGAGCUUCCCUUUCCCCGGGGAGGACGGGAAGGAGGUGAGGCUGAUGGAGUGGGUGAAGCGGAGAAGGGGAGGUUCGUGGAGAUGGUGGAUGCCUCCAUCAGUAGGGAGGAUCUCGAGACGACCGUGGUGGAGGAGGUGUUCAAGAUUGGGCUUGAUUGUGCGGAUCAUAAGAACAAAAGGCCUGCCAUGAAUCAAGUGGUGGAAAAAUUGAAUAUGGUUUUGGGUGUCGUUGUGUCGUGAUGAUGAAGCGCAGCUCAACUGGUAAAUCGUAAAUCUUAAGUAGACAGAGAACUAUUAUCGUUUGUGACAUGUAAAUAGGUUGUUAUGGUGUCUUGAAUGAAUCAAGAAGGUUCAUUUUUCAAAGAUUCGUUGUUACAAUAAGUAAAUGCAAGAUUGCAUUCAAACAUGGCCAACGUUUAAUGUUUUAUCAGUGUA